AUGCGUAGAAGUGAAAUUAAAGACGGUGAUGCAGAAGCGGCAUUGGCUUAUUUGUGUGGAAAGGCAGAAAUGGAUUCUUCAUUUUUUUAUAAAUUCAACAUUGAUGAAGAAAGUCGACUAGCAAAUUUGUUUUGGGCUGAUUCAACUGCUCGAAUGGAUUAUGCGUGUUUUGGAGAUGUCCUAGCAUUUGACACAACCUAUAGGACAAAUGCCUAUAAAAAGCCUCUAGUAGUGUUGGUCGGUGUUAAUCAUCACCACCAAACUGUUGUAUUUGGUUGUGCAUUAUUGAUAGAUGAAAGUGUUGGGACAUAUGAAUGGGUGUUGGAGACAUUUCUUGAGGCAAUGAUGAAUAAGAAACUCAUAUCUGUUGUAAUCGAUGGGGAUAAAGCUAUGCGUAAGGCAAUCAAAAAACUAUUACCCGAUACGUGUCAUCGAUUGUGUUCAUGGCAUUUGCAACGAAAUGCAUUCACGAAUGUGCAUAUUAAGGAUUUCUCAAGCAUAUUUGCAAGGUGCAUGUUCAUGCGUGGGAAUGAAGCAGAAUUUGAAAAGGUUUGGCAUGAAAUGGUUGCAAAUUUGGGACUUAAUGAGAAUCGUUGGGUGACCGAGAUAUAUGGGAAACGUAAAAGAUGGGCAGAGGCGUAUUUACGUGGAAAUUUCUUUGGAGGGAUGAGAACCACACAAAGGUGUGAGAGUAUGAAUGCAUAUCUAAAUAGAUUCUUAAAAAUUCGUUUGCGACUGUAUGAGUUUGUACAACAAUUUGAUAGAGCCAUAAUGAGAAUACGGCAAAACGAGGCAAAGGCAGAGUUCGAGUCGAACAAUUCUUCACCAGUGCUUUCGACCAAACUAUCCAUAAUUGAAAAUCAUGCUGCGACGGUAUACACGAAAGAAUCUUUCCUUAAAUUUCGUGAGGAGAUGAAGAAUGCAGAGUUAUUCUUUGUGGUAGGUCUUGGAAUGUUAGGGGAGCAUUUGUCGAAUGACCGAUCUGACAUGUACAUAGAUUGUGGUGAACUUAAUAAUCUGAAAAUAACAAUGGAAUGUGCAUGUGCAGAUAGCAGGAUUUCAGCAACAUGA